UUGUGUAUUGAUAAUCUCUAGUAAUUCAAGAACUUGUCAUGGCUUCUACAAACAUGAUUAUGAAACGGUCUGAAUCAGCUGUUGAUACAAUGCCAGAAGCGUUAAGGCAGAGCCGGUAUCAUAUGAAGAAAUGCUUUCUAAAAUAUGUAGACCAGGGAAAGCGAAUGAUGAAACUCCAUCAUCUGAUGCAAGAAAUGGAGACUGUUAUUGAAGACAAAGACGAAAAGGCUCAGCUCUUAGAAGGCUUACUAGGCUACAUCUUGUGCACAACUCAGGAAGCAGCCGUUGUUCCUCCUUAUGUUGCCUUUGCUAUAAGGCCGAAUCCUGGUUUCUGGGAGUUUGUUAAAGUCAACUCCAAUGAUUUAUCGGUUGAUGGGAUCACUGUCACCGAAUAUUUAAAAUUCAAGGAAACGAUUGUUGAUGAGGCAUGGGCUAACGAUGAAAAUGCAUUGGAGAUUGACUUUGGAGCAAUGGACUUCAAAUUGCCAACAAUGAGCUUAUCUUCUUCGAUAGGAAAUGGCGUUAGUUUCACAUCAAAGUUUAUUACUACUAAGCUUUAUGCUCAAUCUGGAAGCCAGCAGAUGCUCGUUGAUUACUUACUCUCGUUAAAUCAUGAAGGAGAAAAACUUAUGAUAAAUGACACACUAAACACGAUUUCAAAGCUUCAAGCGGCUCUGAUAGUAGCUCAUGCUUCCGUUUCUUCGUUGCCCAACGACACACCAUAUCAAAACUUUGAGCUCAGGUUCAAAGAAUGGGGUUUCGAGAAGGGAUGGGGAGACAAUGCAGAAAGAGUGAAGGAAACCAUUCGAUUUCUGUUGGAGGUUCUCCAAGCACCUGACCCUGUAAACCUGGAAAAGUUUUUUAGCAGAGUUCCAUGCAUAUUCAAUGUUGUGUUAUUCUCGAUACAUGGGUAUUUUGGUCAAGCUAAUGUUCUUGGCUUGCCCGAUACUGGUGGGCAAGUUGUUUACGUUUUGGAUCAAGUUGUGGCUUUGGAAGAGGAAUUGCUCCUUAGAAUUAAGCAGCAAGGGCUCAGCUUCAAACCUCAGAUUCUUGUGGUGACUAGACUUCUUCCUGAUGCCAAGGGGACCAAGUGUAACCAGGUGAUGGAACCAAUUCUCAACACAAAGCAUUCACACAUUAUUAGAGUCCCUUUUAGGACUGAAAAGGGUAUUCUUCGAAAAUGGGUGUCUCGGUUUGAUAUUUAUCCAUACCUUGAAAGAUUCACUCAGGAUGCAAGUGAGAAGAUCACAGAAAUUAUGGAAGGGAAACCAGAUCUUAUCAUUGGAAACUAUACUGAUGGAAAUCUAGUAGCAUCUCUUAUGGCUAACAAACUUGGUACUACAUUGGGAACGAUUGCACAUGCUUUAGAGAAGACCAAGUAUGAAGAUUCUGACAUGAGAUGGAAGCAGUUGGACCCAAAAUAUCACUUUUCUUGUCAAUUCACAGCUGAUAUGAUUGCAAUGAAUUCAGCUGAUUUCAUCAUCACUAGUACUUUCCAAGAAAUUGCUGGAAGUAAAGAUAGACCUGGGCAGUACGAAAGUCAUGAAGCGUUCACACUUCCAGGACUAUACAGACUUGUUUCAGGCAUCAAUGUCUUCGAUCCAAAGUUCAAUAUUGCUUCUCCAGGAGCUGAUCAGACUGUCUAUUUCCCUUACACCGAGACACAGAAAAGAUUCACUUCAUUUCGGCCUGCCAUUGAAGAAUUACUCUUCAGUAAAACUGAAAACGACGAACAUAUUGGAUACUUAGAAGAUAAAAAUAAACCGAUCAUCUUUUCAAUGGCAAGGCUCGAUACUGUGAAGAACAUUACAGGUUUGACUGAGUGGUAUGGAGAGAAUAAGAGGCUCAGGAGCCUGGUUAAUCUUCUUGUUGUGGCGGGUUUCUUUGAUCCAACAAAAUCAAAAGAUAGAGAAGAGAUGGCAGAAAUAAAAAAAAUGCACUUGCUUAUAGAGAAAUACCAACUUAACGGUCAAAUAAGAUGGAUAGCAGCACAAACUGAUAGAAACAGGAACAGUGAGAUUUACCGAUUUAUUGCUGAUUCAAAGGGUGCGUUCGUACAACCUGCUUUAUAUGAAGCAUUUGGGCUCACAGUUAUUGAGGCAAUGAACUGUGGCUUGCCAACUUUUGCAACCAAUCAAGGUGGUCCAGCUGAGAUCAUUGUUGACGGGGUUUCUGGAUUUCAGAUCGAUCCCCAUAAUGGUGUCGAGUCCAGCAACAAGAUUGCUGACUUUUUCCAAAAAUGCAAAGAGGAUACUGGAUACUGGAAUAUAAUCUCGGAUGGUGGUUUGAGCCGUAUAUAUGAAUGCUACACAUGGAAGAUUUAUGCAAAUAAAGUGUUGAAUAUGGGUAACAUAUACUCAUUCUGGAAACAGUUAAACAAGGAACAGAAAGAAGCGAAACAAAGAUACAUUGAACUGUUCUACAAUUUACAUUACAAGAACUUGGUUAGAACCGUGCCCAUUGCUACUGAUGAAGCUCAAUCUGCACCAGUUUCAAGGGCAAAGCCUGCAACACAAGCAGUAGCGAGGCGUACGCAAUCCAGGUUACAAAGGCUGUUAGGAUCUUAAAGAAUUGAUGGCAAUAUAUAAGCAACUCAUGAUUUCAAGAUCACGUCACUUCAUAAGCUUUGUUCUACCUGACCCGCUAGCUUUGUUCUACCUGACCUGCAAGGAAGACCGGAUGCAAUUUGUGUACAGGAAUUUGUUUAAUUAUUUGAUAAUACCAUUCAAGUUAAAUACUAAGUAAAUGUAUAGCUUGCAUUGAGCUCGAACAUGUAUAAGUAGAAAGUAAAUAAGGAAAUUCACAUCCUGUCUAUGUAUUCUUUUCUGUAGAAAUUGUUGCAAAUGAAUAAAAACUCUAUUGAUCUA